CCCGACCACAUUCAGCGUUUUUAUCGGCGUUUUUUGGCGCUGCGUCUCUCGGCGUCGUCUCAAGAAUUGCGCCAGAGAGGGCGAGCAGCCACACGAGCGUCACGCGGACCAGCGCCAGCGCAGCGUCGCACAAUGUGACCAGAUUGGUUUAACCAGAAACCUCCAAAAUUAUUGUGCAAUGUCAAUCAUAAUAGCUAUACUAAGUAUUGUUGAAUGCUAUAUUUAUGCUUUAUUUAUUAGUUUUACGCGAAAGAAAAUUUCAGGGCAGUGCAGAAAAAAUACUCCUAUAACACAAAUCCAUGCUUCAGGAACCUGGCAGCGAUAUCGACGAGAACAUCGCGAGCGGUCCUCGUGAGCGUAGUGAGCGUACGUUCAAGCGUUUUGUUCCUGGCGUGCGGAGCUGAGCUGGCUGAGCUUAGUGCUAAGUAGCUGGUUUGUCUUCCGAGACGCCAUACGCCACAUCAUGGAAAGAAGGCAGCAACUUUUGUUGCUAAAAAAGAAGCUCCUUCUUCUCAUUAUCUUGAAACGGCAAGAUCGACGACGCCGGCGCUGGUGGGUGCGACCCGUGUUCAUGCACCGAAAGGAAGAAGGGCUCUAUUACACGGCGAUGCGUCGGAUGAGAGAGGGCGAUCAUGAUUUUUUUUUCAAGUUCUACCGGAUGACCCCACAAAUGUUCGAUGCAUUACUUUCGUUUGUGGUUGACGACCUCAAGCGCGAGUAUGUUGUAAGGGAGCCCCUGGAACCUGGCGAACGGCUUGCAAUAACCUUAAGCUACCUUGCAUCUGGCCAGGAAGUAAAAGACGUGGCCAUGGCAUAUAGAGUGGGCAUCGAGACAGCUCGCCUAUGUAUUCAUUUUUGUUGUAGAGUCAUUUGGGCACGACUAAAGGAUCGCUUCAUGAAGGUACCCUCUGAGGCUGACUGGACUGAAAUUGCCCAAGGGUUUGCCUCUCAGUGGCAAUUUCCCAACUGUUUAGGAGCCGUGGAUGGUAAACAUGUCGCCAUCACAGCACCUGCCAAUUCCGGGAGCCUGUAUUUCAACUACAAGAGCACUUUUUCCAUUGUGCUAAUGGCUGCCGUCGACAGCAACUACCAGUACACCAUCAUUGACGUUGGGGCUCAAGGUCGGCAAAGUGAUGGAGGGAUACUGAAGAACUCCGAAUUUGGGAAGGCACUGGCCAGUGGAACUCUCGGCACACCUUCUGCAAGCUACCUGCCUGGAACAAGAACUGCCGCACCCUAUGCCUUUGUUGGGGAUGAGGCAUUUCAAUUACGCAAGGAUUUUAUGAGACCCUUCCCUGCAAAACAGCUGACUGAUGAAAGGAGGGUCUUCAAUUACAGGCUGAGCAGAGCUAGGAGGUGUGUCGAGAAUGCCUUUGGCAUUACAGCAGCAAGGUGGAGAGUGCUCCUACGCACGAUAAACCUCCAUCCGACCAACGUCGAUUAUGUCAUCAAGGCCGCUUGCAUUCUGCACAACUUUAUUAUGAAGUUAAAUGCACAGACGCAUGGGUAUGUAGAUAGGGAGGACAGCUUUGGCAAUGUGAUACCAGGCCACUGGCGGCAAAGUGUGGAAGGAGAAGCUCGGGAUGGCUCGCAGUCAAAUUAUUUUUCACUUGCUUCGACACAUGCUAGAAAUUUUCCUACAGAGGCAGCAGAUGCGCGAAACAUCUUCACUGCUUACUUUUGCAGCACCUUUGGUGAAGUUGCCUGGCAGUGGCAACAGCCAGGCGUGUCCAAAGAUGUUGCUCUAAAGCAUCUACAGGACGAGCAGCUUUUGCCACUCAUAAGAAAGUGAAUUUCAUUUACUGUAUUUAUUUGAAUAUAGGUCAACCUUUUUUUCUUUAUUCAGAAAUCACCCUGCAUUGCCAGAAGGCAUAAUAGUUCUUUUACAGACACCCUUGUGAACGGGAACAUUCGCCAUUUUCCUUUCGGAGGGUAAUACACCUUCAGAUACAGAUUAAUCAAAUACCAUGUAAAGCUAAAGCGACAGUGCUAUUGCACAGUGUUUCAACACGUGAAGUGAUAUAUCUCAUCAGGACCAACUCCUUUAUUUUCAGCUAUUUCUUGUAAUAGCAUUUUACUCCUGCCACACUGAUUUUUACUGGCUGCAUUGUUGGGACGUCUUUAACAAACUGUAUGGGUCGCACGCAGUGUUAUGAUUGGUUCAAGCGUUUUGAGGACAGGAGAAUGUCGGUCGGUGACGAUCCCAAGCCCAGACCUUCCGCAUCCACAGAUGAUGACCGUGUCGAGAGAGUUCGAACUGUGAUUCGUGGAAAUCGUCUGACUGUUCGAGAAGUCGCUGAUGAAGUGGGUAUUAGCGUAGGAUCAUGUCAUGAACUUUUGCUAGCAAUGCCUUCAGCAAUGCUAGUGAUGUCUGACAUUGGCCUGCUAUGAGCGCUUCUGAGGAGUAUUAAAUAUUCCUUGUACCAGUGAUUCCAGAAGUCUUUUUGCAUUUCUUGAUGCUGUAUCAAUGUUUUAAGCAGCUCAGUAUGGGAGCUAGGCGCUACGGCUACAGUUUGUGAGUGAGGGAGUGCCAUCAGUCGCUUGCCAUACAAGAAAGGAGCAUGUGUCAAGGC